AUGGAAAGGUACAAGGUAAUCAAGGAAGUUGGUAAUGGAUCUUUUGGGGUUGUUUGGAGGGCGUUGAAUAAACAAAAUGGUGAAGUGGUUGCGAUUAAAAAAAUGAAGAGGAAGUAUUAUUCAUGGGAAGAAUGCAUAAAUCUGAGAGAAGUAAAGUCACUUCGUAAAAUGAAUCAUCCAAAUAUUGUGAAGCUGAAAGAAGUGAUCAGAGAAAAUGACAUCUUAUACUUUGUGUUUGAGUACAUGGAAUGCAGUCUUUAUCAACUUAUGAAAGAUAGACUGAAGCUUUUUUCAGAAACUGAUAUUAGAAAUUGGUGCUUCCAAGUUUUUCAAGGUCUUGCUUAUAUGCAUCAACGUGGUUUCUUCCAUCGUGAUCUUAAGCCUGAAAACUUUCUUGUUUCUAAGGAUGUAAUAAAGAUAGCUGAUUUUGGUCUUGCUCGUGAGAUUGUUUCCCAACCACCAUACACCGAGUAUGUUUCAACCCGCUGGUAUCGUGCCCCUGAGGUUCUUCUUCAGUCACCAACAUAUGGUUCUGCAGUUGAUAUGUGGGCAAUGGGAGCAAUCAUGGCUGAACUAUUUACUCUCAGACCACUUUUCCCAGGUUCAAGUGAAGCGGAUGAAAUUUAUAAAAUCUGCAAAGUGAUAGGAAGCCCAACAGAAAGCUCAUGGGCUGAAGGACUUGAGCUUGCAACUACUGUCAAUUAUCAAUUUCCAGAGCUUGCAGGCGUAAAUCUCUCUGCACUCGUACCAUCUGCAAGCAAAGAUGGAGUCAAUCUGAUUUCAUCACUAUGUUCUUGGGAUCCAUGUAAGAGGCCAACAGCCAUGGAAGCUCUUCAGCAUCCUUUCUUUCAGAAUUGUUACUAUGUUCCACCUUCUCUUCGCCCUAAAUCCACCAUUGCUAAAACACCUCCAUCUGCUGGCUUAACUACAAAAAGAGCUGUGGAACAGAAAUGUGCCAAGAAAUAUCCUCUACCCAAUUCCAAGCCAAAUAUUACUCCGUCUGCCAAAAUGCAUUCAUCUCUAAAUUCAGGUGUGCAACGAAGACUGGAAUUGAAUCGACAAGAUGGAGUAAAUGAAAAGACAAAUAAGAUCUCAUCUUCCACCAAACAACAACCAAAAUAUCAGCCACCCAUUAAAAACAAUAUUAAUAAUCCAAGAGUAGGAGGGGUGUAUAUGGGAAAAGGAAGAGUUGGUGAAAAAUUUGGAAACAUGACGAUUGGAAGUGGAAGAGGGAAACCUUCACCACCACCAAUGAAGGCUGGAAUGGCAAAUGGUAGAUCCGAUUUGUUUUCUGGAAGGUCACAGGGGUAUAGUAGCAAGGUGGCAGGAUAGCUAUAAAUAAUAUUGACAUAUUUACCCCUUUGGUCUUGUAAUGUGUUUGGGGUUCAAAGGUCAACUCUGGAAAUAAGUGGUUUGGUUUUUUAUGUUUUAAAACUGUCAUGUCGUGUCGUGUCGUGUUGGUUCUGUUUUUUCUAUAUGAAAUUAUGUUUGAAUAUGGUUUCAAAACAAGAGAAUUUAAAGGUUUAGAAAAUAUUAUUAUAUGAAGGGAAUAAUAAUAAUUAAUCUUCACUCUUUACCAAAUAAGUGAAGAAAGAGAUUUAUAUGUUUGUCUACAUUUCCUCUUAUACAAUGUUGUAACAAUUUUCAUGAUUAUCUGUUACUAUUUUGCCACUAUAUUGGUCAACCAAUCUUUGCUCCUCACAAUAGACCUGGCAACAAUUUGUGUUUGCUGUGUAUACGUGUCAGAACACUGUAUGAAUUGUAAAAUGUGUCUUUGGCAUCAAACAUGAGCACAUGUAAUUAAUUCAGUGUGAUGCGACAUGUGACAUGAU